UCGUCCUGGAUUCCUCGACCACGCGCUUCGAAAGCCUCUCUCCGAAAGGAGACGUCACCAGUGUUGAUGUUCGCGCCAUUGCUAGCUCACGUUAGCUGACGUCAGCUAAAGGCGGACGGCACACCACGAAGACACUAACGGUCGUGCGCGCGCAGCCGGAACGGAGCGUUCUCGGAGCCGGUUCGAGCUGCGGUCGGUGAAACGUCGCGGCCUGACCUGAUCACCGGGUUCAGACUGGACUGAGCGCGCGACAGUUUGUCAUGCCGUGUCUGAGGUCGUCCCGCCGUUCACAGGCUGACAAGUUGAGGAUUGCGCAACGUGGGAAUGCCAAUUCUGCAUGCCGUGGUUCUGGUUACCGCCACACGGUGCUGCAGUGGGGAAAAUCCCCCUUCACUGGAAGAAGCCAUAAAUUGGUAAUUCCGGCCGAGUCUCCAGACAAGAAGUUUGUUCUUCUUGUCGGAGCCUCCCAUCUGCGGGCCGUUGCGGACGGGUUCGUGGAGAUGCCGGAGGGGAGACUUUCCUUCGGUGUCAUGUCGACGCCGGGGGCCAGCGCCACUGAUCUGAAGAACGAAGUUCUGCACGCCGCUCUCCCCCGAACACCCGACGCCAUCUGUGUCCUGGCUCCGGGUAACAAUCUGACGUCCAGCAGGACACUUGAGGAGGCCAGAGCAGACUUCGGCUCGCUGCUGGCCAUCGUCUCCAGUUGCUGUCCUAAAGUUUUCGUUGUGGACUUUCCCCCACGCCUCGACGUGGAGGUGUCUCUGCAGGACGCCAUGCGGCAGGAGUUUCAGCGCGAGGCGACGCUGAUGGGUGUGAAGUACUUUUCCGUGGCCGAGUUCUUUCCAUUGGACUGCCGUGUCCUCUGGAGUAAAGACGGCGUGCACCUCAGUGAUAGUGAUGGGAUGAAGAUCCUGGUGCAGUUGCUAUGGCAACACUCCUAUGAGCAAAUACUUGGCACAGCUCCUGAGCCACAGGUUCCUCCCAGACGGCGAAAGUUCACUCCGAAUGUCCCUGAGGAAGAGGUCGGCGGGCCGUCCCCCCCUGACCCCCCCGAGCGGGCCCUCGUUGUGCGGGGCCGGAGGGUGACGCUGAAGGGCUGUUUCAUCCCGCUGACACCGGUCCGCUUGAGCAGCGCCAUGUUGGCUGAGAUCAACAAACGCGUCCCGUCCCAACGUCCCCGCCCCCCCGAGGAGACGAGGGAGGCGACGGUGGACCACGGGCAGACGGCGGCCGCCCCCAAGAGAUCCCCGGCUGAACACCGGGUUCGUCUUUUUAAAUCCUGCAAUAUGACUUGUUAUAUUGUUCUGCACCCGGUUGCAUUCGCUUUGAUUUUUAUUAUUCGUGUUUUUUAAAUUUGAGAUCUCACUAAAUGUGGCAGGCUUGUCGGGUCUGAGGAAAAUAUACGUCUGAUAUAGACGUCAAAUUUGGGUUGACUUGAAUUUGUUCACACGUGUCGAUCUCCACCUGCUCUACAAAAAGCCUCCGAUACCCCGACUUAGAUUUUCCGCCAUUUUUUAUUUUGUUGAGGUGAUGUGGACCAAUAAGCCUCGUAGGGGGCGUGUCUUGUUUUUCAAUGCUCAUAACUUCAGAACUAUUUGGCCCAAUCACUCCAAAUGUUCAGCG